AAGAACUUAGGAUCUCUUCAAAAUCAUGGAAGGAAAUAUUUCCCUCCUAACUAUUGAAAAUGAUGCAAUUCAACUUGCGUUACAGUGAACCAAAUCUGAUAAAUCAGAACAGUGAACGAGCAUCUUCUCCUCCAACUAUCACCAUUUCCAGAGAAGUUAUAUUACAAGCUCGUAAUAUGCAGAUAAAGAGUUUCCUCUGUCCUAAUGAUUACUGGGUAAUUACUUUAACGAAGGAAUCCUUGAAGGGGAGUCCCUGGUUUUUGCGAUGAAGAAAUCGAAAUUUAGCUUUCAAUCAGCUUAAAAAAUGAAGAAAUGGAGUCGAAAAUCAGCGAUGAAAACUGAAAUGCUCGUACAGACAGAUAUUCCCACUUGAGGAUAUCACUGUCUGGGAGAUUUCUACGUCCCACUGUUUUUAAGGGAAAUUAGAAUCCAGAAAUCUCGUGUGUAUAAGUGGUGAACAACAGUAAUUACAGAACAUAAAAGUUCAUUUUCAUUCAGAGAAGUAAAUAAAUGGCUGCAAUUCCACUUCUGAGGACGAAGACUGUAAUAGUGUUUUUCUGUCAUUUUGGUAGAAGUAGAUGGAAUAAUGCCUGUUUCCAAGGUUUUAUUACUAAACAUACAAUGCCAAUUCUACCGAGCUAUUCUCCAUAUCUUCAACCAUUACAAACCUUUCCAGAUGGUAAGCAAAUCCACUCUCUCAUUACUCACAAGGGAUUUGCAUUUGCUGAACGAACACUUAUUCAAAAUAAACUUAUCAAGAUGUAUGUCAAAUGUGGGAGUUUGAUUGAUGCUCGUAAGGUGUUUGAUGGAAUGAUAGAACCAGAUGGGUUCUCAUGGAAUUCGAUCAUUGCAGCUUACCGUAUGCAUGGUUAUCCUCAUGAAGCAGUGGCACUGUUUCACCAAAUGCAAGGAAUGGGUACCCAACCUGACCAGUUCAUCUUUUCCAGCGUCCUCGCGGCCUGUGCCAAAAUAAAAGCUUUGCCAUUGGGCACAGACAUCCAUCAAAGCAUAAUGGAAAGGGGAUUAUUAUCAGAUGUUGUAGUUUCAAGUGCCCUGGUAGAUAUGUAUGCGAAAUGUGGAAGCAUACACAAGGCACGUGAACUGUUUGACAGAAUGCCUCAAAGAAACUUGAUUUCAUGGAAUGCUAUGAUUGCAGGAUAUGCACAAAAUGGCAUUCUUGAUGAGGCUUUAAGGAUUUUCAAUAACAUGCCCAAGAGAAAUAUCAUCACGUGGAAUGCAAUGAUUGCGGGAUUUGCACAAAAUGGUGUUCUUGACGAGGCUUCAAGACUUUUCAAAGAAAUGCCUCAGAGAAAUGUAGCCUCGUGGAAUGCAAUGAUUGCAGGAUAUGCACAAAAUGGUGUUCUUGAUGAUGCUAUUAGGCUUUUCAAAGAAAUGCCACAAAGAAAUGUGGUUUCGUGGAAUGCCAUGGUUGCAGGAUAUGCACAAAAUGGGCAGGUUGAUGAGGCUUUAGAAACUAUUAAACAAAUGCAACUGGCAGGAGUAAAGCCAAACUCCACAACUUUCGUCAGCAUACUCCCAGCUUGUGCCAAAAUGAAAACUUUGGAGCAGGGUAUGGACAUUCAUCAAAGAAUAAUCGAAACCAGAUUUUUGUCAGAUGUUGUAGUUGUGAAUUCCCUUAUAGACAUGUAUGCAAAAUGUGGAAAUCUACGGAUGGCGUAUGAGCUGUUUGACAAAAUGUCUCAAAGAGAUGUUGUGUCCUGGACUGCAAUGAUUGCAGGAUACGCGCAAAAUGGAUUUGUCGAAGAGGCCUUGGAAACUUUCAAGCAAAUGCAACUGGCAGGUGUAAAACCGAACUCCUCAACCUUUGCCAACAUCCUCCCAGCCUGUGCCAAAAUGGGAGCUUUGGGACAGGGUAUGCGUAUCCAUCAAAUCAUAAUUGAAAGCAGAUUUUUGUCAGAUGCUGUAGUUGUACAUGCCUUGAUAGAUAUGUAUGCAAAAUGUGGAAGCAUCCAGAAGGCACGUGACCUGUUUGACAAAAUGUCUCAACCAGAUGUAGUCUCAUGGAAUGCAAUGACUGCAGCAUAUGCACAAAAUGGUUUUUGUGAGGAUGCUCUCAGACUCUUCGAACUCAUGAAAGGCUCUGGAAUAUACCCUAACCAUGUAAGCUGUACUUGUGUUUUAUUUGCAUGCAGUCAUGGAGGUUUAGUAGACGAGGGCUGUAAAUACUUAAAUGACAUGAUUAACUCUUAUUGUAUUACACCUACAAUUGAUCAUUAUGUGUGCAUUGUCGACCUUCUUGGGCGUGCUGGCUAUCUUAAGGAAACUCUAAACUUUAUCAUCAAAAUGCCAAUUGAACCUGUGGUAGUUGUAUGGAUGUGUCUGCUUGGUGUCUGUAGGUCACAGAAGAAUAUAGAAUUAGGAGCAUUUACAGCAGCUUGCCUUUUUGAGCUGGCUCCUAAAAAUGCUGCAACUUAUGUUCUUCUGUCAAACAUCUAUGCUGAAGUGGGCAAAUGGGGUGAGGUUCAAAAGGUAAGGAGAUUGAUGAGAGAUACAGGAAUUAAAAAGACACCUGGAUGCAGUUGGAUUGAAGUCCAUAAAAUUGUACAUGCUUUCUGUGUAGGAGACAGAUCACACCCACAGACACAGGAGAUCUACACAAAGUUGGAAGAAUUGUCCUGGGACAUGAGGGUAGCUGGGUAUAUUCCAGAUUCAGAACGUGUACUGAAUGAUGUGGAGGAGGAGGAAAAAGAAUUAUUUCUCUUCCACCAUAGUGAAAAGUUGGCAAUUGUAUUUGGAUUGUUAAAGACACCCACUGGAACGACUAUUAGAGUUGUCAAGAACCUUAGAGUAUGUCUUGACUGCCACACUGCAAUCAAGUUUAUCUCCAAGAUUGUUACAAGGCAAAUUGUUGUGAGAGAUGUAAAUCGAUUCCAUCAUUUCAAACAUGGACAAUGUUCUUGUGGAGAUUAUUGGUGAUUUUAAAUGACGGCAUUCUGUAAACAUAGGCUUGCACUACAACAGAUGCAUGUUUAGACCUGCCGUGAUAACAAGGGAUCAGAUUUCUUUUUCAGUUUUUGAAAAGGACGCCUUUAUAUCUCUGGAAUUAAUAGCUGGAGGAAGUAGAGGAUUGAAAAAAGCUGAAAGAAAGGAACGCUUUAAGUUGAAAGAUGUUUGGCCAGCAGGAGAUGUAAGAGAAGGGCUGGCAAUCGAUCCAAUACAUUGAGAUAAUGGAGAGAGCAUGUAGGUCUUUUUUCUAACCUUUGCUAUUUUGUUUGGUACUUUUUUCUCUGGGUUUAGUGUAUUAACUUGUGCCUAUGUCAGAUGAAGAUCUGCCAUUUGAGAUUAUUCAUACAUAACAAAUCUAAUUUACAUAUUUUAAUGUGGAUUUUUUAUCAUUUAUGGUUCGAUAUUUCUAAUGUUGCUUGACAGCUCUUCACUCUUUGGGAGAGGUAUCAUGUUUUUGAGCUCACAUUUGUUUUUUUGUUUGUUUUAAGUUUACCUUUUUUAUUUUCUUGGGCUAGAAAUAAAUUACUGGAACUUAUAUAUGCCAAAGAAAAAUUAUAAGUAAUUGGCAUAUAUUUUUUGGUACUUAAAAAACUUGCAUAAUGAGGUUUAUAGAUUGAUGUUAGGGAGAUGAGAAUAAAAUUUGUAUAUGUAGAAGUAAAAUCAAAAUUGAUACUACAUUGUAAUAUCAUAUAUGUAGUAUACAAAUUUGUGCAUGAUGAGGUUUAUAAGUUGAUACUAGUGUGAAUGGUAUGUUUUGAUGCAUUGUGCCAGGGCUGUGGCACACAUUGUACAUUUUUGCAGGUUUUGGGACUGGAUGCACAUGUUUGGGAGUCUUUGGUGAUCAACUUGGCGAUUGGGUUACAGUUGGCUUCAGCAUUUGACCAUCCUUGUCUUGGAUUUUGAAAUUGUUCCGUAAUUUGCUUCAAAUUUUCGGAAUAAAUUGUUAGAUUGUGCGGUUCUGGGGAACUUAUGUACAUGGUUGGCAACUCUUGGUUAUUUAUGUCAUGUUUGAUUCACAAGUUGUUUUAACACUUUAGCAAACAUCAGCUCUUUGAUGGAGACUUUCUUGGAUGGGUGGAUCAAACAUUAUAAGGCUGCAAAUCUAUUAGUAUAGUUGUUCUAGUAUUUCCUAGGGUUGGGAUUAUCUAGCAAUCAACUUUUGUUUGGUUCAUUGUUAAGUUCAUAUUUCUGGCUUUAUUCUUUGGAUUUGAAAGGCAGGUCAUUAUUCAGAGGGAUGCUAUCUUUGAUACAAAGCAUCAUUGGAUGAGGCACAACAAUUUAAUUGUUAUGUACAUUCUUCAAAGAUUGUACAGAUAUAUUACGUGUCAGAUGAUAUUGAGAGGCCCUGGAUUGAUCAAGCUCAUUUGACUGUGGCUAAAGUGGAGAUUGUUUUCAGUUUUGUGAUGAGGUGGGCUUAGCGAUAAGUUGAUUGGAAUUUGUAGUCUCUUCUAUUGGAGAUGUAGGUUCAGGUCGUGAUUUUCUUGUUGAGGUUCAGCCAGAGGAUACAAUUCAGACUUCAGUUGAUGUUCCCAUUCAUAACGAUUCUAGCUCUAGGGGAAGGUUUGUCACACUCAGCAGAUUGUUGUUACUCAUGAAGAGGCCAAUGAUGAUAAUUUGCUUUAGGAUCCUACUUGGGGGAUCCAAAGUUGAAAACAAUGGUUCAACUAUGCACUGAUGACUAGGGUUAUGGAGACUGGUGAUCCAUAAUCUUAUUAGGAGGCCAAUGGCAGAGACAAUGGGGAGAUCGCCAGAGGUGCAGAUGGCAGCAUUGGGCACUCAUCAUCGUUAGGGGAUAUACUGCCCUGUGAUUUUGAAUUAUUUCAUGGAGGAAAUAGCAUUGUUUGAAUUUCUUCCUACAGAUAGUUGGAAUGAUUGGAAUGCAUCCAUUCACUUUAAGAUGGAGAUUUGGAGCAGGUAAUUAGAGGCUUGUGUUUGAGUCUUUAAAAUUGCAUGUAGAUAUGGAUUCCAGACUUUUGAGGAAUGGUGAUCAGAUAACAGACAUCUUCAUCAAGCUAUUGGUUGACUCUAACUUCACUAGGUUGAGGUAUAGGCAACAGCCCAAAUCUUACCCUGCUUCAUGGCAUAUUAUUCAGUGUGGCAUUAUCAAUUAACAGUACGGUCUUUCAAAGUGUGAGUGUGGUGGUGUGGCAUUUCAAAGUGUGUCACAAUGUGGUGUUUCAAGCAUCAGUGUGACAAUAUGGCAUCCCAGUGUAAGUGUGUGCGAGAGUUGGCAAUGGAAUUUUUCUCUCAACACUUUUGGAAAGAACACACAACAUGAUCAGCAAUAGGUUGAUGUUUGUGGGUUUUUCUCUUAAAUUACAAUUAAGGGAGGAUGUUGCUGCAUAAAUGGCACCAUUGGUAAUACUAAAUUGUCAAGAGUCACUUCAAUGAAUAGAAAGUUCCCAUGCCGAUUCUAAGAAGUGGGGCAGCCCAUGGAAAAUGUGUCUAUUAUCAAUAGGUACAUUAACAUUCUUGGGUCAAAUGAUACUACUCUCCAAGUUUUAAAGUUCUAACCUCUCUGGUGAAGCUAAUCACUUAAAUUCUUACCUUCAUGCUGUGAUGUAUAAAACAGAAGAAUUGUACUUUCUAUUUAGUAAGACGAGAUAAACAGUGUCUCUUGACACCAUCUGCAAAGUUCUGUGUGAGCUAAAUAUUUCUUUCCCUGAGUGAUACUAAUCUAUUACAGAUGAUGUUAUGUGAUAUGGAGUAGAUGUGUGCUUGUGAUUCACUAGUAUUGUUGUUAUGGCUA